AUUUAAUAUCAAAACUUUUUUUCUCCUCUUGGGUUUUAUUAAACUACUUUCAGUCAUGUCUUUUCAACCAUCCGAUGCGCACUCCACGCUCUCAGUAACUGAGAAGACAUUCAGUUCGUAUGACGAGAACCAAGGCAAGGCCUACGCCUCUGCCCGUCCCGAUUAUGAUACUAGUGUAUAUCAAACAAUUGUAAACCACCACAAGUCUACAGGAGGUCAAUUCGAUACUAUUGUAGAUGUUGGUUGUGGACCUGGUCCGGCUGCAAGGGGACUUGCUCCAUACUUUGCCAACGUCAUUGGGCUCGACCCCUCUGAAGGCAUGGUGGCAACUGCCCGCACCUUUGGCGGGGUUUCUUUGGCGUCACGACCCAUUCGGUUUGAGAUAUCAACGGCGGAGGAUCUUGGUGCACACCUAACAACUCCUAUUGGCGAUUCAAGUGUUGAUCUCAUAACCGCGGCAAAUGCUGCCCAUUGGUUCGAUAUGCCGCGGUUCUGGCUGGCAGCUGCCCGCGUCCUCAAACCUGGAGGCACGGUUGCGCUUUGGACAAGCGGUGAAGUGCGCGCUCACCCAUCUAUGCCAAAUGCCGCUGCAAUUCAAGCAGCAUUGGAUGAUCAUUCGGAGACUUAUCUGAAAGCAUUCUAUGUACCAGGCAAUUACAUGGUACGUAACAGAUAUGCCGACCUGCCUUUACCGUGGUCGAUCGCGCAACAAAUUGAAGCAUUUGACAAAGAAAGUUUUGUACGAAAAGAGUGGGCAACAGGAGAGAAAUUUGUUGCCGGGGAAUCUGAGGUGGAUUUGGACACAUUUGAGAAAAUCAUGGCAAGUGGCAGUCCUCAAACGCGAUGGCGCCAAGCCCACCCCGAUGCCGUCGGCACCGAGAAUGAUGUUGUGAGAAUCUUACGGAGGAGGAUUGAACGUCUACUCCGAGAUGGUGGCGUGGAAGAAGGGAAAGAAAAGAUUCGAGGCACCGUUCAUGGGGCCAUGUUGUUAAUAAAAAAGAGGGUGUAAUAAUGCGCAGUAACUGUGUAGCUGCUUCUUAUUUGUUCUACAGCUGCUGCUCCGGAAGCUUAUUAAACUUAUCAAUUGGCUAGUCUGGAAAACAGCAUCAACAGUGUAUGAGCAAAAUCCUUAGUUUUGCAUAGAUUAUGUGAUUCUUCAU